AUGUAUUCAAGUUUGUUUGGGAAGAACUUUGGCAUUAGCUACUAUGUGAUUAUUAUGUAUUUCCUUGCUGCAAUUGAAUCUGACUUUUUGGGGAAUUUGCCAUAUGAGGUAGAGUUACUACCUCGAGAGGAGUACAGAUCUAACUUCUGUUAUUCAGUUGAGGAAUGCCGUGCAGCCUAUCCACAAAUUAUGGAUAUAGCCAACAGGCUUUAUAAGUAUCUGCAAUCCAGAAAGAUAGUUUCCAUUACCAGAGGUAUUCCUCAGUAUGACACAGAUGAGGACACAGCGAUCUUUAAGAUGUGGGUGGCCCAUCAAGCUGCCAUUGAUGUGGCAAAACCGAAGUUCAGUGAUGUAUCAUUCUAUUCUUCUGAAACUGAACGAGACUUCACUAUGGACUUUCUGGUGACUGCAGAAAUUUUUGAGGCAGUAUUAUAUCGUCCAUACUUUGAAAGUUCAGCAGAACUCCUAGUGGGUUUCCCACACAGGCUACUCACAGAUCAGGAUCGGAAUGUCCUCACGAGUAACUUCAGCAGACGGGAAAAAGCAUUGAUCACUGUAACAAAACUCACUACAAAAAUAAAUAAAAGCACAGGUAUGAUUAUGAUUUAUACUAUCCAUGAAGCUUAA